CUGCUCUCAUUCGUGGUAACAGAAACAAUUGUACUCAGUUUUCCAGUAACCUCGAUUGGCUAAUAAGUAAAUUGGACAGAGUAGAAUCUUCUUCAGGUAUUUUAGAAGUGUUACACUGCAUCUUGAUUGAAAGUCCAGAAGCUUUAAAUGUAAUAGCUGAGGAGCACAUCAAAUCCAUUAUUUCAUUGUUGGAUAAGCAUGGACGCAAUUACAAGGUUCUUGAUGUGCUUUGCUCUCUCUGUGUCUGUAAUGGAGUUGCAGUUCGUGCCAAUCAGAAUUUGAUCUGUGACAAUCUGCUGCCUAGAAGAGACUUACUCUUGCAAACGCGUUUGAUUAAUGAUGUGACAAGCAUAAGGCCAAACAUAUUUUUGGGUGUUGCUGAGGGCUCUGCACAAUACAAGAAGUGGUACUUUGAGUUAAUAAUCGAUCAGGUUGAUCCAUUCUUGACGGCAGAACCCACCCAUUUACGAGUUGGAUGGGCCUCUACUUCAGGUUAUGCCCCCUAUCCUGGAGGUGGAGAAGGGUGGGGAGGCAAUGGUGUUGGUGAUGACCUGUACUCUUAUGGUUUUGAUGGCCUUCAUCUCUGGUCUGGUCGAGUACCCAGAGCUGUAGCAUCUGUCAAUCAGCAUUUAUUAGCCUCUGAUGAUGUGGUUAGCUGCUGCUUGGAUUUAGGUGUACCCAGCAUUUCAUUCCGUAUUAAUGGACAACCUGUACAAGGAAUGUUUGAGAACUUCAAUACAGAAGGAUUUUUCUUCCCUGUUGUAAGCUUAUCAGCAGGUGUAAAAGUUCGUUUCUUACUGGGUGGACGUCAUGGAGAGUUUAAAUUUCUUCCGCCUGCUGGCUAUGCUCCCUGUUAUGAAGCAUUGCUUCCAAAAGAGAAGAUGAAACUGGAACCAGUGAAAGAAUAUAAGAGAGAUUCCGAAGGAGUGAGGGAUUUGCUGGGUACAACACAAUUCCUCUCGCAAGCUUCCUUUAUCCCUUGUCCAAUAGACACCAGUCAGAUUGCUCUUCCUUUUCAUCUUGAAAAGAUCAGGGACAAACUAGCUGAAAACAUACAUGAACUGUGGGGAAUGAAUAAAAUAGAACUGGGCUGGACGUAUGGCAAGAUACGGGAUGAUAAUAAAAGGCAUCAUCCUUGUCUGGUGGAAUUCUCAAAAUUACCUGAGACAGAGAAGAAUUAUAAUCUACAAAUGUCAACUGAAACCCUCAAAACCCUUUUGGCCCUUGGAUGUCACAUUGUUCAUGCUCAUCCAGCAGCUGAGGAAGACCUUAAAAAAGUCAAACUCCCAAAGAAUUACAUGAUGUCAAAUGGGUACAAACCUGCCCCUCUUGAUCUUUCUGAAGUGAAAUUGUUGCCUUCUCAAGAAUUUCUAGUUGAGAAACUAGCAGAAAAUGCACAUAAUGUUUGGGCAAAAGACAGAAUAAAGCAAGGAUGGACCUAUGGCAUUCAGCAGGAUCUUAAGAACAAACGUAAUCCACGGCUAGUGCCAUAUGCAUUACUAGAUGAACGUACUAAAAAAUCAAAUAGAGAUAGCCUCCGUGAAGCUGUCAGAACAUUUGCAGGCUAUGGUUAUAGUGUUGAGCCACCUGACCAAGAGAUAGCUGUCCAAACAGGGGAAAAAGUCAGCAUUGACAAGAUACGAUUUUUCAGAGUAGAACAGUCUUAUGCAGUGAAGUCUGGAAAGUGGUACUUUGAAUUUGAAGCUGUGACAGGUGGAGAUAUGCGUGUUGGAUGGGCCAGGCCAGGCUGUCGACCUGACAUAGAGUUGGGAGCUGAUGACCAAGCAUUUGUAUUUGAAGGAAGCAAAGGCCAGCGUUGGCAUCAAGGCAGUGGAUUCUUUGGACGAAGCUGGCAACCAGGAGAUGUGGUUGGUUGUAUGAUAAACUUGGAUGACAAAUCAAUUAUCUUUACUCUGAAUGGAGAGUUACUUAUAACCAGUAAAGGUUCAGAACUUGCAUUUGCUGACUUUGGAAUAGAAAGUGGUUUUGUUCCAAUUUGUGCACUGGGUCUAUCUCAGAUUGGUCGUAUGAACCUUGGAAUGGAUGCCAGUACAUUCAAAUAUUAUACAAUGUGUGGCCUUCAAGAAGGUUUUGAACCUUUUGCUGUCAACAUGAACCGAGAUGUUGCUAUGUGGUUUAGUAAACGCUUACCAACAUUUGUCAAUGUGCCAAAAAAUCAUCCUCACAUUGAGAUAUGGCGAAUUGACGGAACCAUUGAGAGUCCACCUCGAUUGAAAGUUACUCACAAAACAUUUGGCACACAGAACAGCAAUUCAGACAUGAUAUAUUGUCGUUUGAGUAUGCCCAUUGAGUUCCACUCAACAUUCAACUUUGGCAUGGGUGUGGAAAAUGCCUCAUCUGAUGUUUUCCAAAAACGGUUGGACUUGGAUUUAGUUGCUUUAUUUCAUGCUCUUAAUUAUUUUUAUUCCUUACGGAUAUUUGCUGGCCAAGACCCAUCCUCUGUCUGGGUUGGCUGGGUAACACCAGACUAUCAUUUUUACAGUGAGAAUUUUGACCUAAACAAAAAUUGUACAGUAACAGUUACUUUAGGUGAUGAGAGAGGCAGAGUUCAUGAAAGCGUGAAGCGCAGCAAUUGCUACAUGGUUUGGGGAGGAGAUGUAAUUGCUAAUUCCCAGAGAUCAGCUCGCAGUAAUGUUGAUUUAGAAAUUGGAUGCUUUGUUGAUCUAGCUACUGGAAUGUUGUCAUUCACAGCCAAUGGAAAGGAGCUUGGCACUUGUUAUCAGGUUGAACCAAACACAAAGCUUUUUCCAGCAACUUUUGUACAGCCCACAAGCACUAACUUGGUACAGUUUGAACUUGGUAAAUUAAAGAAUACCAUGCCUUUAUCAGCAGCAAUUUUUAAAAGUGAAGAAAGAAAUCCUGUUCCUCAGUGUCCCCCUCGCCUUGAUGUGCAAACAAUUACACCUGUUUUAUGGAGCAGGAUGCCAAACAGUUUUCUAAAAGUAGAAACCGAGCGUGUCAGUGAACGUCAUGGCUGGGUUGUGCAGUGUUUGGAACCUCUGCAGAUGAUGGCACUUCAUAUUCCAGAAGAAAACAGAUGCGUUGAUAUUUUGGAACUAUGUGAACAAGAAGAUUUGAUGAAGUUUCACUACCACACUUUGAAACUUUAUAGCUCAGUUAGUGCUCUAGGUAACACUAGAGUUGCUUAUGCACUUUGUAGCCAUGUGGACAUAUCUCAGCUAUUUUAUACAAUAGAUAAUCAAUAUUUACCUGGACUCCUACGUUCUGGAUUCUAUGACUUGCUUAUUAGUAUUCAUCUAGAGCAUGCCAAGCAAGCCAAGCUCAUGAUGAGCAAUGAAUUUAUCAUUCCAGUUACAGAUGAAACUCGAACUAUUAAAUUAUAUCCUGAUGAAACAAAGAAGCAUGGUUUACCUGGAGUGGGGCUUAGCACUUGCCUGAAACCAAGCUUUAAUUUUUCUACUCCAUGUUUUAUUGUGCGUCAAAUGUCCAUCCCAGAAAUACCCCUUGAUACACUUAAAUCCAAGGCCAUAAGUAUGCUAACGGAGGCGGUCCAGUGUAGUGGUGCUCAUAUACGAGACCCUGUUGGAGGACAGGUUGCAUUCCAGUUUGUCCCUGUUCUUAAACUGAUAGCAACGUUGCUCGUAAUGGGGGUUUUUGAUGAUGAUGAUGUGAAGCAGAUGUGUCAUCUACUCAAUUAUUUCUGUGACUGUGAGCUACAACACAGAGUGGAAGCAAUUGUAUCAUUUGCAGAUCGUUAUGUAUCAAAAUUGCAAUAUAAUCAGAAAUACAGGUACAAUGAACUCAUGCAAGCCUUGAACAUGUCUGCUGCUUUGACUGCCAAGAAGACUAAAGAAUUUCGGUCUCCUCCUCAAGAACAGAUUAAUAUGUUGCUGAAUUUUCAACUGGGAGAAGAUUGUCCCUGCCCAGAGGAGAUUAGGGAUGAGUUAUAUGAAUUUCAUGAUGAUCUUCUGAUUCACUGUGGUAUUCCGCUAGAAGAGGAGGAAGAGGAAGAGGAAGAUUCCUCCUUGACUGGCAAACUUCGUUCAUUAAUGUACAAAAUCAAAGGUCCACCAAAAGCAGAGAAAGUAGAACCUAAGGAGGAAGAAGAGAAAUCUCCUAGUCGUUAA